CGGACUAUGAAUACCGCCCAUAGAGUUCAGUGGGUGUUAUUACGAGUGUAUGUGCAAAAUCCGUGUGCCAGUGAUAUUAGGAUAAAGUUAAGUUCUAAAAGUGUGAUCGUAAUCGAUUCAAAUUGGUUAAAUCAAAGGGUUAAACAAGUUGAAACAAGUGUAUAUGUAAUAUGUCGGAAGAUAAUAAAAAUACGCGGAGAAAAACUGGAUACGUACAAUGUAGCGUUAAGUCGUGUAAAAAUGUGCAAAAAAAUGGAAAGCCUCGGUUGUUUCGUUUCCCUAAAGAUAAGGAAAGAGCUAAAGAGUGGGCAGAGGCUUGCGACCGUUUGGAUCUUGUAUUAAAAGCUGAAAAACUAUAUUGGAGUAAUCGAGUAUGCAGUGAUCAUUUUACGGAAAAAAUGUUUUCAAACACAACGAAAAGUAGAUUAUUGGUAAUUGCCAAACCAGUAUUAAAACUCAGUCGUAACGAGGAAAACAUUAAUAUGGAUAAUCGAGUAAUCUGGCCGACAGAUAAUUUACAUAGCCCAUUAGAGACUGUGCUUUUUGAUCAUGAUUAUACAAAGAGGUAUAAUAAGCCAAGUGAAUCAAGAAUGACUCUAAGUGGACAAUUGGCACAAUCAGAAACAUCAUUGAAAACAUCAGAAAUUGAAACUAAAUUAAACGUUUCAGAACCACAGGAUGUCUCGCAACACAGUACAACUUUAUGCUCUACAACAGCUGUGAAAUCUUCAUCUACAAACAGGAUUGUUUGUCAAAAACCGAUCACUUUUAUCGACAUCGGUGGAAAAAGCUAUAUUUAUCAGCAAAUGCCAUCUAAAUUACCGUCUAUAUCUCUAUCGCAAAAAAGCAAACUCAAUCUAUCAGUUUUAGACAACUUUGGACAUCAAAAAGCAGAAAAAAAAUUAACCGUUGAUAAACAAGUGCAAACGCCACUAGCACUGUCUUUCUAUGUUUCUCAAAAAGCUAAAUUACAGAGCGCUUUAAAAAAAUUGGAAAAAGAAAAUAAAGUUUUGAAAAAAUGUCUUAAGGAAUCGAAAAAUGAUGAGAAUAUCGAUACAUUUUUUAAAUAUUGUGAUCAUUUUUUAUCGGCAGAUACAGCAACUUUUGUCAAGCGACAAGCUUUGCUUCGUCGAAAAAAAGUACAUAAUAAAUGAUAUUCAAAUAAAUUUAAACAAUUUUGUUUUACUCUUUAUUUUAUAAAUCUAAAAUUAUAUCAAAUUAUAUCGACAAACAAUGUUUUCAUAAAAACUGCUAUCAAUCAAUUUAUCAUACUCAAUGUAUUUGAUUUAAUUACAUUUAAAGUGUGUAAAGUGAGCGACAAAUAUUGUGUUAUGUAUAUAUAAAAUUACAAUAAAAACUCACUUUAUGAAAG